AUGGACCUCACCUUGAACUCUUACUACCCGACUAACCUUAUUCAAAGUGUUAUAUCAGCAACAUGCUGUAUCAUCAUCAUUUACUGUGUGAUCAUACUCAAAAGACGAUAUUCUUCAAUCAAAUUGACUUGUCCAGAUUAUCCGGAUACCAUACAAGGUGAAGAAACUACAGAGAGUCUGGUGAGAAAAAACUGCGCUAGUCUGAAUAGAGGAUUUAGAGCAAGUUGGUGGUUACCAAAUGGUCAUGCCCAAACUAUCUAUUCUGCUGUAGCGGAUUUUUCGAAAGACGAUCAAAUCACUUAUCAGCGACAAUUACUAAGAGUUCCUGAUGGCGGUACCAUUGGCCUUGAUAUUUACCCACCACUUUCUGUGAACCUCCCAAAGACAGCGCCUGUGAUUUUGAUUAAUCAUGGUCUGACUGGAGGAAGUCAUGAGAGUUAUGUAAGGAAUAUAGUGCUUUGGUUGACUAAACCUGUUGAGGAAGGUGGAUUGGGUGCACGAGCCGGUGUCGUCAAUUUCCGAGGAUGCGCUUCCACACCUUUGACAUCCCCUCAUUUGUACUCGACCGGAUCAACGAUCGACCUUCAUACUUCUGUAUUAUAUCUGUCGACACUCUUCCCGGCAUCUCCCAUGUUCGGUGUAGGGUUCAGUCUCGGUGCAGCUGUCAUGACUCGUUAUCUAGGUGAACAAGGAGAUAAAUGUAGACUUAGAGCAGGGGUGGUCCUCUGUUGUCCUUUAGAUAUGAGAGGUGUGACUUAUGGACUUGAUUCCCCUCAUCCUCUUACGCGCUUGUAUUCCCUCACGAUGUCUCACAAGAUGUUACAUUCACUCUCGCCUCACCUAAUUCCAACAUCACCGCUUUCCCAUCCUACAUCGCACCUGCACAUCCACUUACCUGAGAUAUUUUCGUUGACCAAAUCACUCAGAAGAAGAAUGACACUGAAAGCCAGUAGAGUUUUGGAGUUGGUAGCUUGUAAAGUUGGAGGCGGGACUGAUGUUUUCCCGUUCGAAACCCUUGAUGGAUUCUUGAGCUGGAGCUGUCCCGGUAAUUGGAUAGGAAGUAUCAAAAGACCGACUUUGGCAAUUUCAGCGUUGGACGAUCCCAUCGUAUCUAGUGCUUGUCUGCCACACAAAGCGAUACGGCAAAGCUCGCAUGUCAUCUUAGCUACGGUACCUCAAGGUGGUCAUUUGGGAUGGUUCGAAGGGCCUUUGUUGGGCCUGAAUAAACAUAGAAGAUGGCACGUUAAGCCUACCAUCGAGUUCUUGAAAGCCAACUUAGCUCUUCCUGAAGGUCAUAUUGGACCUGCAGAUUCUAGUCAGUCGGCUCGAUAUGAUGGGGAUUGGACAUGGGUAGGAGAGGUAGGCUGGAUGUUGAUAGAUGAGAAGGAUGAAAAGGGCUGGAGUGGAAGUGAAGAAGAUGAAUCCAUUCUAUGCUGA